CUUCUCACGACGUACCUGUUGGCUUCUCCAUCAAAUGGCGCACGCAAUUCCACGCGCGGCUGAGGAAGAGGAUGGGGCUCCCAUCACCGUUGUUUGCGAGCAGGUGGCGUUCUCGGCGAGCGAUGCUGAAGACGACCCGUACGAAAACGACGCAUGUCCGAAUGCACCCUUGCUACCCGUCCAGGCAAGCAGACGACCCGGCGGGGGGGCUACGGCUACUACCACUUCAACUUCUCCGGGACAAGGAGCCAAGCAACCAAAAACGAACACACGAUGGUUCAGUUUGUACAAGAAAAACCCGGUUUACUUUGUCCUCGGUGUUGCCGCUGUUGUGGUGAUGUGCGUGGUCACAGUGUGUUGCUUCAUCUUGUAUCUGGACGGCUUCUACAUCCACGACGACCUGGAUGAGCAGGGACCCUUUGCUCCUGCUGGCACUGGCCUUUCGCCAAUUCAAAAAAGCGACGUCGGCAGCACGGGCACGGCCGGUGAAUCGAAGCAGGGGGAAGUUGUUCCGGAGAAGACUCUUGCUGAUGGUGCGUCCAGGGACGAGGGUGUGCGAAUGAAAGGCGCUCUACAAAAUCCCGCUGGCCAAGACUUGAUCAAGAACGUCAAUCCUCCUCCUGAUGAUGCUUUACAAAAACCUCCUGGCCGCGAUAUCCACAGUAAAUUUCCCGUACACGUACAAAUGCGGUCUCUGCAUGACAAAACUGGGCUUCGAUCCUAGUUCAGCAUGACAAGUGUUACACCCCAAAUUGGUACAAUUUUUGAUGCAUUUUGUACAUGUGCAGUAAAUUUGUAUUGUAUACACGACUCGACCAACACCACUCCUGACGCUUUACAAAAGCCGAGUGACCACGCUGCGAGCCAGCCCCCUCCUCCUGAUGUUUUGCAAAAACCCGGCGACCACGGCUUGGUCAACCCUCGUCCUGAUGAUUCGCAAAGGCCCGCUGGCUCCGACGCGGUCCAGCCACCUUCUGAUGAUGUUUUAAGGGGAGUUCCUGGGCACGACUCGACGG